UCUACAUGGGGAGGACAGAGAAGCGCAAAGAACAAGAGAAAAGAUGCAUCCAUCUGAGAUCUAAAAGGAGACAAUGAGAAUCUCUUUAAAAUGGACAUAGAAGACUGCAAUGGCCGCUCCUAUAUGUCUGUAGGACCAAUGAAGGAAUUAUUGGCAUGCACUAAAGGAGAUAGCAAGAUGGGUCAGACACACAUAUGAGAGUCAUUGGCAACACCCGGGUAAUGUAAGGAAUCCACGCUUCCUGGAAGGUGAGUGGCUGGGCUCACCCCUGCCUGCCACUGAGACGCAGACAUGCAUACACCACCCGCACUCCCUCGCCGUUUCCAAGGCGGCAGCCGCGUUCGCACCCCAGGGUCUCACCGGCAAGGGAAGGAUAAUCUGGAGAGGGAUCCCUCAGGAGGGUGUGUUCCGGAUUUCUUGCCUCAGGCCCAAGACUCCAACCAUUUUAUAAUGGAAUCUUUAUUUUGUGAAAGUAGCGGGGACUCAUCUCUGGAGAAGGAGUUCCUCGGGGCCCCAGUGGGGCCCUCGGUGAGCACCCCCAACAGCCAGCACUCUUCUCCCAGCCGCUCACUCAGCGCCAACUCCAUCAAGGUGGAGAUGUACAGCGAUGAGGAGUCGAGCAGACUGCUGGGGCCAGAUGAGCGGCUCCUGGAAAAGGACGACAGUGUGAUUGUGGAAGAUUCAUUGUCUGAGCCCUUGGGCUACUGUGAUGGGAGUGGGCCAGAGCCUCACUCCCCUGGGGGCAUCCGGCUGCCUAAUGGCAAGCUCAAGUGUGACGUUUGCGGUAUGGUCUGUAUUGGACCCAACGUGCUCAUGGUGCACAAGCGCAGCCACACUGGUGAAAGGCCCUUCCAUUGCAACCAGUGUGGUGCCUCCUUCACCCAGAAGGGGAACCUGCUGCGCCACAUCAAGCUGCAUUCCGGGGAGAAGCCCUUUAAAUGUCCCUUCUGCAACUAUGCCUGCCGCCGGCGUGAUGCACUCACUGGUCACCUCCGCACACACUCAGUCUCCUCUCCCACAGUGGGUAAGCCCUACAAGUGUAACUACUGUGGCCGGAGCUACAAACAGCAGAGUACCCUGGAGGAGCACAAGGAGCGGUGCCAUAACUACCUACAGAGUCUCAGCACUGAAGCCCAAGCUUUGGCUGGCCAACCAGGUGACGAAAUACGUGACCUGGAGAUGGUGCCAGACUCCAUGCUGCACUCAUCCUCUGAGCGGCCAACUUUCAUUGAUCGUCUGGCCAACAGCCUCACCAAACGCAAGCGUUCCACACCCCAGAAGUUUGUAGGCGAAAAGCAGAUGCGCUUCAGCCUCUCAGACCUCCCCUAUGACGUGAACUCGGGUGGCUACGAAAAGGAUGUGGAGUUGGUGGCACACCACAGCCUGGAACCUGGCUUUGGAAGUUCCCUGGCCUUUGUGGGUGCAGAGCAUCUGCGUCCCCUCCGCCUUCCACCUACCAAUUGCAUCUCAGAACUCACGCCUGUCAUCAGCUCUGUCUACACCCAGAUGCAGCCCCUCCCUGGUCGACUGGAGCUUCCAGGAUCCCGAGAAGCAGGUGAGGGACCUGAGGACCUGGCUGAUGGAGGUCCCCUCCUCUACCGGGCCCGAGGCCCCCUGACUGACCCUGGGGCAUCCCCCAGCAAUGGCUGCCAGGACUCCACAGACACAGAAAGCAACCACGAAGAUCGGGUUGCAGGGGUGGUAUCCCUCCCUCAGGGUCCCCCACCCCAGCCACCUCCCACCAUUGUGGUGGGCCGGCACAGUCCUGCCUACGCCAAAGAGGACCCCAAGCCACAGGAGGGAUUAUUGCGGGGCACCCCAGGCCCCUCCAAGGAAGUGCUUCGGGUGGUGGGCGAGAGUGGUGAGCCUGUGAAGGCCUUCAAGUGUGAGCACUGCCGUAUCCUCUUCCUGGACCACGUCAUGUUCACUAUCCACAUGGGCUGCCAUGGCUUCAGAGACCCUUUUGAGUGCAACAUCUGUGGUUAUCACAGCCAGGACCGGUACGAAUUCUCUUCCCACAUUGUCCGGGGGGAGCAUAAGGUGGGCUAGCAACCUCUCCCUCUCCCCUCAGUCCACCACUCCACUGCCCUGCCUACAGGCAUCGAUCCCUGUCCCCACCAUUUCCCAAGGAGUUUUGCUUUGUAGCCCUCACUACUGGCUACCUGACCUCACGCCUGACCCUGACCCCUCCUCACCUGUUCUCCUCCUCUAUCCUGACCGAUUUAAGCAUUGUGAUGAAACAGGUCUUUUGCUUAUGUUUUUCCUUUUUCUCUUCUCUCAUCCCAGCAUACUGAGUUAUUUAUUAAUUAGUUGAUUUAUUUUUGCCUUUUUUUUUUUAACUUAUAUCAGUCACUUGCCACUCCCCCACCCUCCUGUCCACAGCUCCUUUCCACUUUAGGUCAAUUUUUCUCUCUUAGAUCUUCCAGCAGCCCCAGGGGUAGGAAGCUCCUCUUAGUACUAAGAGACUUCAAGCUUCCUGCUUUAAGUCCUCACCCUUUACAUUAUCUAAUUCUUCAGUUUUGAUGCUGAUUUACCUCCCCCCAGCCCUACCUUAGCUCUGUGGCAUUAUAUCUCCUCUCUGGGACUCUUCAACCUGGUACUCCAUACCUCUUGUGCCCUCUCACUUUAGGCAGCUUGCACUAUUCUUGAAUGAAUGAAGAAUUAUUUCCUCACUUGGAAGUAGGAGGGGCUGAAGAAAUUCUCCCCAGGCACUGUGGGACUGAGGGUCCUCUUGAUGUUCCCCUAGUAAUAUGAGUUCUCAAAGCCUACAUUCAGGAUCUCCCUCUAGGAUGUGACAGAUCUGGUCCCUCUCCUUGAACUACCCCUCCACACGCUCUAGUCCCUUCAACCUACCGGUCUAUUCAGUGGUGGCUUUUCUCUCCUUGGAGUGCCCCAAUUUUAUAUUCUCAGGGGCCAAGGCUAGGUCUAUAACCCUCUGUCUCUGACACAUUGGGAGCCUCAGGUGCCUAAUUGGGAACCAGGGCAUGGGAAAGGGGUGGGUCAAAAUUCUUCUCUUUCUCCUCCACCUCUCAAACUUCUUCACUAUAGUGACCUUCCUAGGCUCUCAAGGGCUGCUUCAGUCCCCAUCCUAUGAGAAACUAGUGGGUUGCUGCCUGAUGACAAGGGGUUAUCUCAGCCCCUCAGUCAUGCUGCCUUCUGCUGCUCCCUCCCAGCAGGGUUCACCCUCUCAUUCCCGGGCUCCUGGGCCCUGUUCUUAGGAUCAGUGGCAGGGAGAAACGGGUAUCUCUUUUCUCUCUUCUAAUUUUCAGUAUAACCAAAAAUUAUCCCAGCAUGAGCAUGGGCAUGUGCCCUUCACCCCAUUCCACCCUUGUUCCAGCAAGACUGGGAUGGGUACAACUGAAAUGGGGUCAUCCUUUACUACCCUCUUCUACACUCAGCUCCCAAACACAGGGUAGGAGAGGGUACUCCUGGCUACUGCAGAGACCCCUGGCUAUUUGAGUAACCAAGGAUUAGUGAGAAGGGGCAGAAGGAGAUACAACUCCACUGCAAGUGGAGGUCUCUUUCUACAAGAGUUUUCUGCCCGAGGCCACAGCCAUCCCACUCUCUGCUUCCUUGAGAUUCAAACCAAAGGCUGUUUUUCUAUGUUUAAAGAAAAAAAAAAGUAAAAACCAAACACAACACCUCACAAGUUGUAACUCUUGGUCCUUCUCUCUCUCCUUUUCUCUUCCCUUCCUUCCCCUUCCAUCUUUCUUUCCACAUGUCCUUUCCUUAUUGGCUCUUUUACCUCCUACUUUUCUCACUCCCUAUCAGGGAUAUUUUCUGGGGGAUGGUAAAGGGUGGGCUAAGGAACAGAUCCUGAGAUUAGGGCCUUAAGGGCUCUGAGAGGAGUCUACCUUACCUUCUUAUGGGAAGGGAGACCCUAAAAACUUUCUCCUCUUUGUCCUCCUUUUUCUCCCCCACUCUGAGAUUUCCGCAAGAGAACCAGAUUGGCAGGGAGAAGCAUUGUGGGGUGAUUGUUCCUCCUUGACAAUGUAGCAAUAAAUAGAUGCUGCCAAGGGCAGAGAAUGGGGAGGUUAGCUCAGAGCAGAGUGGUCUCUAGAGAAAGGAAGAAUCCUCAACGGCACCCUCGGGUGCUAGCUCCGUUUUAGAAUGUCAGCAGAGCUGAGAUUAAUAUCUGGGCUUUUCCUGAACUAUUCUGGUUAUUGAGCCUUUCCUGUUAGACCUACCCCCUCCCACCUCUUCUGUGUCUGCUGUGUAUUUGGUGACACUUCAUAAGGACUAGUCCCUUCUGGGGUAUCAGAGCCUUAGGGUGCCCUCAUCCCCUUCCCCAGUCAACUGUGGCACCUGUAACCUCCCGGAACAUGAAGGACUAUGCUCUGAGGCUAUACUCUGUGCCCAUGAGAGCAGAGACUGGAAGGGCAAGACCAGGUGCUAAGGAGGGGAGAGGGGGCAUCCUGUCUCUCUCCAGACCAUCACUGCACUUUAACCAGGGUCUUAGGUACAAAAUCCUACUUUUCAGAGCCUUCCAGCUCUGGAACCUCAAACAUCCUCAUGCUCUCUCCCAGCUCCUUUUGCAUAAAAAAAAAGUAAAGAAAAAGAAAAAAAAAAUACACAUACACUGAAACCCACAUGGAGAAAAGAGGUGUUUCCUUUUAUAUUGCUAUUCAAAAUCAAUACCACAAACAAAAAAAUUUCUAAGUAGACACUUUUCCAGACCUUUGUUUUUUUGUGUCAGUGUCCAAGCUGCAGAUAGGAUUUUGUAAUACUUCUGGCAGCUUCUUUCCUUGUGUACAUAAUAUAUAUAUAUAAAUAUAUAUAUUUUUAAUCAGAAGUUAUGAAGAACAAAAAGAAAAAAUAAACACAGAAGCAAGUGCAAUACCACCUCUCUUCUCCCUUACUCUUAGGGUUUCCUUUGUAGCCUAUGUUUGGUGUCUCUUUUGACCUUUACCCCUUCACCUCCUCCUCUCUUCUUCUGAUUUCCCCUCCCCCACUUUUUUAAAGAGUUUUUCUCCUUUCUCAAGGGGAGUUAAACUAGCUUUUGAGACUUAUUGCAAAGCAUUUUGUAUAUGUAAUAUAUUGUAAGUAAAUAUUUGUGUAAUGGAGAUAUACUACUGUAAGUUUUGUACUGUACUGGCUGAAAGUCUGUUAUAAAUAAACAUGAGUAAUUUAACACC